AUGGCUGGCAUGGUGCGGUUUGCGACGUACUCGUGUUCAUCGCUGGCGCGGUGUGGCGGUGUGGGCGACGUGCUGCUGGGCGUGUUCUCCACGUUCCUCAUCGCGCUGCUGCAGGACCGCGCCCUCGUGCUCACCCACCCACUGCUGCACCACGCCUUCCUCCCCGCCCACGUCAACUGGACGCUCGACAGCGACGUGCCCUGGGGGGCGGGCCGGGAGCUCGACCCCAACAACCCCACCGACGAGGCGCAGGUGGGCGAGGUGACGGACGUGAAUCUGCAGGACACGGUGCCGCCCAGCCCCGAGGCGUUCUUCGCGCGCCACGAGGCGGCGGCCAACGUGCGAGUGCAGUGGAACCGCGGGGUGGCCACGCGCCUCUUCCGCGAGGGCGGCCACUGGAGCCGCCUGCUGCACCGCCUCGGCCUGCGCCUGCCCGUCUCCUUCGGCUGCGUCAUCCGCUUCCUGCUCAGGCCAAAGCUGGAAGUGCUGAGGGCGGUGGAGCAGCAGAUGAGGGAGUUGGAGCGGCCGGGGGUGAGCAGCAUCUGCAUCCACACGCGCACGCCCGACGAGAUGACUUGGACCAAUCGGGGGGAGGUGCUUGGUGGGGAGAAUGAUGCCGCUGCAGAGCUGCUGGGAUGGGCCAGAAACAAGCUCCUGGCGUGUGCGCAGAAGGUGGAGGAGUUUUGGAUCCCGGGGGACGUGGCAGUGCGGUGGGUGUUUCUGAGCAACUCGCGCGACAUCAAGGAGGCGGUGCUGGCGCAGUACGGCGAGAGCAAGGUGCUCACCACGGGCAUCACCCCCCUGCACACCGCCAUGGUGCGUGCGGCAGCGGCGCGCGUGGCGUCGUGGCAGACGUCGGUGGCGGAGUGGGUGCUGCUGACGCGCUGCUCGCUCUUCGUGGUGACGGAGUCGGGCUUCUCCAAGACGGCGGCGCUCUUCUCGCUGCGCCCCCUGGCCAUCUACCUGCUCGCACGCCACCACUACCGCAGUACGCGCAACCAGUGGACCGACUCCUGCGACCCCGAGAGGCCCGCCUCCUUCGCCCUGCUGGGCGAGCGCUGGAGCGGCGUCUGA